GUAACACUUUUGUGUAUAUAUGUUACUUAUUACAACUAAAGAGAUGGCUACUUCUUGCAGAUAUUGUGAACAAUGGCAACAAACGGUGGAAAUGGUAAAAAGAAAUGCAGCUUUAAGGGAAAAUGGGAAAGCGUACAGAGGGACAGGCUAUCUCGCUAAACAUGUCUACGAACGGAUUCCUGUGCAGAGUAUUGACAAUUCCCUAGCCAAAGGAGAAAACAAGGGAAUCAAGAAAGCUAAAUCUGAGCGUAAGGAGCCAACAAACAAGCAACUCGAGAUCCGGGACAAUGACAAUCGUGAAUAUGUUAACAUGGAUCCUUGUAAAAUCGGACAUGGAAGCGUGUCGAAGUCUAGGAUUGGAAGGAGGGUGUGCAAACCACCAGUGGAGAUGCCAUUCUUCAAGGAGAUCAUUCAAGUAGUGGUGUGUACAUGAACAUGAAUGGAAUCAAAAGCAAUGGCAAUAACUCUGUCAGAAUGUCCGAAGAAUUCGGAAAGAGGCAACAGGGUUUUUCAACGCAUGCCUUCAUUCCUGCAAUCAAUACAUCAGCAUAUGUACCAGAAUUUGGUGGAACUUUUGGCUUCUCAUCGCUGUUUGGACAACCAAACAUGGAGGGCUUUGAUGCCAUUGAUUGGGUCUAUUCGGGAAGAGUACAAUGUAUGUUUGUUCGGCCGAAAACUAUGAUUCCCAUUCCUCUUUAUUGCCGCACACCACCACCCGAAGAUACCAUUUUGAGGGCACUUGGUAUUUAUAUCAGGAAGGAGAAUGUUCCGGUACAUCGAAUCUGGGCUUCUGUUCCUCGUGAGGAGCGCAUAAUGCCAGAAGCGAGGCACUGGAUCCGGUUAGACCACCCCGACGUUCAGUACGAUGAUGGGAACAACACAAACAAUCACAUGAGUGCCACUAUCCCUUUCAACAUGUUCGUACACAAUGUCUCUUUGCAAAGAUGUUCCUUUGCUUAUGUUCCUCCUGUUCCUGCAAAUAGUGUACCGAAUGGCGUAAAAGCCAUCUUUACACUGGAGACACCCCAGGGUUUUGUACUUGCCUCUACCAGUAUGCGUGUUGAAGUGACGGACAGCCCUAUAGUGGAGGAGGAACUGGCUGCUGCUGUCCCUACACCACGUGCAUUGCUGUCCCGGUAUAGAUGUGCUUUAAGCCAGAAGGCAGAACAUUAUGAGAUUCUUUGUAAAGUUAGGGAUGCCUUACUGCUUUCCGAAGCUGUGCCGGAAGAGGAGGCAAAGCAAAUAGAAAGGAGCAAUAGAUCAGCUGAUGAAGACGCUGAACAGUGCUUACAAAGGUUUUUUGAGUCUCUCGUUUAACCUUGUAGGUGCUACCUCAAUCUUUGUCAAAUGAUCUAUACAAUAUUUUACUUUUACUUUUAGUCUGCAAUAUACCAAAUAUGGAUCCUAAUUAAGAAGCCAAAUUCAGGUGCGUCACCAUCUACCUCUGCAGCCACUGGGCCACCUGUUUUCCCUUGGGGGAAAGAAACAGUGAAACAA